AUGAGUAAAAUAAUAAGUAUACUGACUGCCUUGGUAGGUAUUACCUCUGCAGGGUUUUUGUAAGACUAUAGUCUUAGAAAAUAUCUAGAAAUUGUUAACUCUAAAAAAGAUGGUUCCUCUGUAACUUAUAAAUCCAUUCCUUAAGAGUGCUAUUCUUCAAUAUUUAGAUGGAAAAAAGGUAUCCCAGAUUAUAAAGAUAUCUUAAAUAAGGGUUAAGAAUGGAGUGACCCAAGUUUCCCUCCAGACAAUUCUUCUUUAAGAUGGAGAGGUAAAACAAACAACGAACUUGCUAGCUACGAGCCCAUCACUGUUUGGAAAAGAAUACAAAAGCUAAUACCAUAAGGAACAGUCUUUGGCACAGAGGGUAGUAAACUUGAUAUUGCUCAAGGUUCCAUUGGAAAUUGCUAUUAUUUAGCAGGAGUUGGAGCAGUCUCUGACAACUAAAUGGCUUUUGAGCCAAUUUUUAUCAACAAAGAUAGAAAUAAUGCUGGGCUUUAUGCUAUCAAUGUUUGGGUUAGAGGUAUACCAACUGUGAUGGUAGUCGACGAUUAUAUGCCCAUUCUAACUUCAGCUAAAAACUUUAUGGGAGUUAGAGGUGGAGUUGAUGGAUCCCUAUGGCCCGCUAUCCUAGAGAAGGCUUGGGCUAAGCAAAAUGCAAAUUAUGAAAAUACUCCUAUGGGGUAAGCUUGGGAAGGAAUGAAGUUCCUAUAGAAUGUUAGGUCUAAAUGGUAUCCAUUCCCCGCUACAAACACAUCAAGAUUAUGGACUCUUGUUACUAAUGCAAAAUAGAAAAACUUUUUUAUUGAUCUAAGUACUCCGGGAACAAGUGAUAAAACUUUUUGUAAUUACACAUUGGUGUGUGCUCAUGCUUAUACUCUAUAUAAUGCUGUUGAGGUUACAAAUAAUGCAACAGGUUAAGUCUAUCGUCUCUACUUAGCUAGAAAUCCAUGGAGAAAUGAUAAUGGUUUCACAGGAACUUGGAACGAUACUUCUCCAAUGUGGACAUUAGACGGAAAUAAUUUUGCAGCCGCUUUGAAUCAUUAGUUAAACACAAAUGAUGGUUUCUACUGGUUAAAUGAAACAGAAAUGGUAACGGGAUUUAAUGGUAUGACUAUAUCUUAUUACUUCCCAGGUUGGAAGCAAUCAUGGUAUAGUGCAGAAAAUGAUGAUGGUAAAACAGUAACAUAUUUAAUAGCAUUAAACUCAUCAACAUAAUUAUCCUUUGCAAUCAAUUUUUAUCACGCUAGAUAAUAUGGACUUGGAUGUAAAACUUUGCCUAGUGGUGGUACAAUGAGACUCAAGAAUGGUCCAACAACUCUUAAUUUAGUGACAACAAAAGAUUAGUAUGAGUACUCUUGGAUUGAUUACACAGAGACUCCAUUAGCUGCAGGAACAUAUCAAAUGGAGAUAAAGAUUGAUUGGGCUGUUGGUGAUAUAAGAGACUACACAUUUUCUAUUUACUCUCCAAUUGAAAUUCCUAUAAUUCAUAACGAGACUAAGCGAGGAAUGUAAGUCGGAAAACAUCAUCAGCCAUUUACUCCGAGUGGACCUAACUGGAAUGACAAGGUUACCUAUGUCUAAAAAGUUUUCAACUCUACAUAAAAUUAUACCUAUACAAAUAAUUUAAAAGUCGAUUUAAUCGGAGCAAGAAAUCAAUCUGGUUUAGGUUACAAAGGGAAUAGUUUUUACUAUUCUUACAAUAAAACAGUAGUAUACAACUCUACCUACGAUAUAACUGCUUAUUACGUUGGUCAUAACAAUACAUUUUACUAAUUCAACGUGACACUCUAUACUCAGGCUUCAUUAGGAACAAGCUGGGAAGAUUUUGAAUUUACAGGUGAUAAAUAUAAAAGUUGUGUAAAGUUUGUCUUAAAUAAUACUGAAGCUAUCCGAUGCAACUGCAUAUUAAAUGGAUACCUCGGACCUCUUGAAUGCGGAUUUAUAUUUAGGACUAAAAAGUAUACAUUUUUAGGAGGAUUUGAUUCAUCUACAGCCUCAAUCUGA